AUGGGUAUUCCUCGCGCUUUUCGCUCGCUUUCUGAGCGUUAUCCAUGCAUCAGCCAGCAAGUGGUGCAAAACCAGAUUCCCGAGUUUGACAACCUGUAUCUCGAUAUGAAUGGCAUCAUUCACAACUGCUCUCAUCCAAACGACGUCGAUCCGUCCUUCCGAAUCACCGAGGACAAGAUUUUUGCAGAGAUUUUCGCCUACAUUGACCACUUGUUCAACAUCAUCCGGCCGCAACGAACCUUCUUCAUGGCCGUUGAUGGUGUUGCUCCGCGCGCCAAGAUGAACCAACAACGCGCGCGUCGUUUUCGUUCUGCCAAAGAGAACGAAUCCAAGCUCGCAGAAGCCCGCCGGUCUGGAAAGCCAAUCCCAGAGACGGAACCGUUCGACUCGAAUUGCAUCACCCCUGGCACGGCAUUCAUGUCCAAGCUUUCGGUGCAGCUCAAGUACUUUAUCUCGCGCAAAAUCACGACGGAUCGUGCCUGGCGAAACGUCGAGGUCAUUCUGUCGGGGCACGAGAUUCCCGGCGAAGGCGAGCACAAGAUUAUGGAGUAUGUGCGCACCCAAAAGUCGCUUCCGGGCUACGACCCAAACACGCGACACUGCUUGUAUGGCCUCGAUGCCGAUCUCAUGAUUUUGGGUCUUGCAUCCCACGAGCCGCAAUUCUGCCUGCUUCGUGAAGAGGUCAAGUUUGGCGGCGGUAAGAAAGGCCCGCAGUCCAAGAAGACGGGCGGUGCAGACGCCAUCACCUUCUUCCUGUUGCAUCUCUCGUUGCUGCGCGAGUACCUCGAAGUUGAGUUUCGCCCUGCGUUCGACAUGGCCCAGGCCGAGUACAAGGCGGCUCUGGCGGCCUUGCCAGCGGGCACUCCGGCUCCUCCUGCACCGCUCGUGUUCAACUUGGAGAGCGUCAUUGACGACUGGGUCCUCAUGGGCUAUCUCAUCGGCAACGAUUUCAUUCCCCAUCUGCCGCACCUGCACAUCGACACUGGCGCGUGGGAGUACUUGUACAAGGUCUACGGCGAGAUUGUUCCAAAGCAGCAGAGCUACCUGAACAUCAACGGCCGCAUCCACCUCCCCACGUUCGAGCUGUUCAUGGAGCGUCUGUCUCGCUUUGACUUUGACAUCUUCCAAGAAAGCAACGCCGAUCUCAAGUAUUUGCACGGCAAGACCCGCGGCGGCCACAGCGGGCGAGGCGGGCGUGGCGGCCAUUCUCGGCGUGGCGGAAACCGCGGCGGCGAGAGCGGCCCUAGCGGUGACAGCCGCCCCGAGAGCCGCGCCGAGGACGGCUUGGGCUUUUUUGGAGCUCAGGAGGCAGACGACACCCUGGUUGCCGAGAUGAACGCCGUGGAAGAUCGAUUGAAGCGUCUUGGCAUCAACACUGGUGCCGAGUUCUUUGCCGACACCCCGUCUUCCUCGGGCACCAGUGCCACAAACAGCGCCUGGGGCUGGUACUAUCCGUUCCACUACUCGCCUUACGCCUCCGAUCUGCGCGGAUUUUCCCAUCUGCACAUUGAGUUUGAGCUUGGCAAGCCUUUCCGCCCCUUCCAGCAGCUCCUGGGUGUGCUUCCUGCCGCCAGCAAGCACUUGCUGCCUCCAGUCUACCACGAGCUCAUGACUUCGCCAAUGUCUCCAGUCAUCGAUCUCUAUCCCUUGGACUUUGAGUCCGACUUGAAUGGCAAAAAGAACGAGUGGGAGGCCGUCAUUCUGAUUCCCUUCAUUGAUGAGAAGCGUCUGUUGGCGGCCAUGAAGCCGUUCGACGCUCGGCUGAACGCCGAGGAGCGCGCUCGCAACCGCUAUGGCCAGGAACUGAGCUUCCGGUUUGACAAGAGUGUGAGCUACCUGUUGGAGUCGACUCUGCCAGCCUCGUUCCCGCCAGUCAAUCCCUGCCACGCCAAAGUUACGGUGCUCUCUGGCUCAAACGGCGACGAUGAGGACUGGAAACCGCACGUGUUGAGUGUCCCGCUCCGACGUGGUCUGGCGGAGGGCGUUCGCAUGGAUCUGUUUGGUCUGCAUUCCUUCCGUCGCUUGCAUUAUUCGGCUCGGCUCGAGCUCGCCAACCUGACCAUUUUCCAAGGCCAGCCCACCAAGAAGGAAUCGGUCAUCAUGUCGCUGAACUCGGACAAUCCAAACAUGACUGCUCCUGCCAACCUGCCUUCUCUGGCGUCGCAGUGGCUCGGCAAGAUUUGCUUUGUUGGCUACCCCCAUCUCAAGGAAGCUCUUGUGACUGGGCUGUACAGCAAGGCCCAGCGUUGCACACUCAUUUCGCCCAGCGGCAAAGCGUUCAACACGUUCACCAACUCGCCUGAAGAGGCCAAGACGUGGGCUCUGCACAAGCGCAAUCUGGCCGAGGAGCGCUUCAACCGAUGGGGCAUUGAGAUUGGCGACACGCAAGUGCUGCUGUCGGCGCUGUUGAUUGAAGGCAGGCGCGACGUGUUCGAUCCAGAGACGUCCCGAGCCCAGUCGGUGCCUCAACUCGCCUCGUCCGAGACCGUCUACGCUCUGCAAACGGUCAUGUACGACGUCCCAAAACGCGACAGCGCUGAUGGAAGCCGCUUGCUCAGCCGCAUCUACCCUGCUGGCACAGAGUUUGUCCAUCUCGGUGCUCCCAACUAUGGCAGCGUCGGGCACGUUGUGAGCUGCGACGAUGCCAAGGGGCUCGUCAGUGUCGAGCUGGAUGUCACGAGCGAUUUUUCGCCAAAGUCCGAGCCCGACCUCGACUUGGCCGCGUUGGUCGCCUCAGGCGCGGCCAGCGAGCGCGAUGGUGAGCCGUGGUUCUCUGUGGCACGCGCUGCCCGCAUGGUGAAUGCGCCAGUGGCAUUCUUCUCCAAGAUCACGUCCACAUUCACCAUUUUUGGCGGAAGCUCGGCCUCCCCGCAGCAAAACACACGCAUCAACCUGGGCCUGUUUGUCAAAAACCAGAGCCAGAACAAGGAGCUGCCUGGCUGGGCGCGGCGAAUCGAGAACAACUGGGAGUACAGCGCGUCGACCGUUCGCACCGUCCAGGGCUACCUCGACGCCUUCCCCGACUUUUUCGGCUAUGCGAUCGCGCACGACAAGAGCAACUUUUUGUACCUGAACGACAUUUUCCCGGCUGGGGACGGACAGGCCCAGGUUGCCGCAAUGCGCACCUAUCUCAAAACUCUUCCCUGCCAAGGGUCGACUCUUGUGACCUGUGGCUCGCUGAUUCUUCCUGCGAAGGUUGUCGCGAGCGUGGAGCAGCUCGCCAAACAGUUUGUCAACAAGUCUCGGGCCCAGUUCGCGGCGGCGACCGGCGCUGGGCCCCAGGACGACUACGACCCGGCGGCGGCCGUCGUCACCGCCACCCCCGCAGUGAUUCAGCAUGUCGCUCAGAACGCUGCCAAGCCUGCCUACUUGUACCUCCCUUGCUCGACCACCCUCAUGCCUGACACAUCCACCACAUUCGAGUUGCUCGAUCGUGUUGUCAACGUCUCGACAAGCGGCAAAAUCCCCUUCGGGUUGAAAGGCACCGUUGUGGCCAUCUACGACACGACACCCGAUUCCCUGGAUGUUGUCUUUGAUGAACCCUUCCUUGGCGGCUCACGGCUCGAGGGCAAGCUGCUGCGCGAAUGUGGCGCGACCGUGAAGCCAUUCACCUUGAUUUCAUUGACGCAUGGUCUCCGCGUGCAUGGCACUUCUCACAGCUCGCGCAAAAAGACUGCUGGUCCUGCGCAGCCCUCGCCAUCUUCUGGCGGAGCACCGAACUCUGGAACGUCGUCCUCUGCAGACUCGAAGCGACAGCAGCAGAAGCAAGCCCCGGCUCAGCGGCCAGCUCAGCAGCAGCCGCAGCAGCAGCAGCAACCGAAGCAGCAGCAGACGCAGCAACCACAGCAGCAGCAGACGCAGCAACUGGCGGCACCGGGUGGCAAGCAAAAGGGGAACAACAAGCAUGCUUCCAAGCCCAGCUCGCCACAGCCCCAGCAACUGCCUGCUCAAGCCGCCCCUCAGCCGGCCGCAUCAGCACAGCAACAACAACAACAACAGCAGCAGCAGCAACAGCAACAGCAGGGAGCAAGUGCACCUGCACAACCACAGCAAGGCAAGAAAGGCAAAGGGCGUGCGCCCCAAGCCGAGGUGGGAUCAACGCCACUGCCCCAUGCAGGUCCAUCCACGCAGUCCCCAGGCCCCAAGGCGAACAAGGCGCGCAACUUGCACUUGCAAACUGCUCCUCAACAGCCCCCGGCGUCGUCGAGCUCUGCUUCUCCUGGUCCUCAACUUGUGCCUGCAGUCGCAGCACUGAUGGCCUCUGCCAAGCAGCAGCAACAGCAGCAGCAGCAGCAGCAGCAGCAACCGGCUUCGUCACAAGAGGCUAUGAACAGCAGCAGCAGCACUAGCAAUAGCAGCGGGCCUACCUCCUACGCUUCGUACGGCACCCCGUCGCCCUCUAUUCCCCUCCCGCCGCAGCCGACCUUCCUCAUGCAACAACAGCCCAGUGCGGCCCCAGUCUACCAGACUUCCGACUACCAUGGCCUGCUCCAGCCGCCGACAAAUGCCCCGUUGCCGCACGUCCACCAACUCGGAUACGGCGCUCCGUACGGUAUGGCUCUGCCGCACGUCUACUCGCACUUUGCUCCUCCUCAGCUGUUGGCGCCUGUUGUGCCCAUGCCUGCCCCCGCCCCGUUGCAGCCUCAGCCGUUGGCUCAUUUCCCGAUGGACGCUCAAGCCGCCGUCCCUAUGCAACAGCAACCACAGCCGUACCAGCAGUACCAGCAACAGCAGCAACAGCAGCAACAGCCGCAACCACAGCAAUCACCUGCUCCUCAAGCGCAAUCGCAGCAACGCAACAAGCCCAAGCACGCGCUUGUGCCGAGUCAGGUCCAGGUCCGUUCGGCGAAAAAGCAGCAAGCCCCUGCCGCCCCGCAGGUUCCUCGCGACGCGCUGCUCCCUCCAGUCCACUGGGCAUCUGGACCUUCGACCUCGACCUCGUCCUCUCAGCCUCCGCAGGGUUUCGGACCUGGGCAGACUCGCUGA